AAAGCGGAUCGCUGGAAUGGUGUAAGCGCGCGCAGCCUCCGGACUGGAGCCAGGAACCAGCAACCUGGGCAGGGUUCAACAUCCUUGUCUUGGUGCUAUCAUCAUCAUCAUCAUCCUCAUCUUCCUCCUCAUUAUCGUUCUUCUAUUUAUUGUUACUGGAGGAAAUUGGAUCUUCACAUCCUGAGCGGUGUGCUUUGAUGUGCCAUGAUUAAUGUCCCAUGGUGGAGCUGCAGUUUUAUGCAGGGAAGUGACAGCUAGACUUUUCCUGCUGCAUCCGAUCUUCUCGAGCUGCUUCGCCUCUGGAAUGUAAAAUGCCUGCAGAAAACAGCGACCAGGAGAGCAUGCUGAGCUACCAGAGACCUGGUGAGGAGGUCAUUGUGGAUCAGGGGGGGACAAGCUCAGUCCUCAACAUCCACUAUGAGAAAGAGGAGCUGGAGAGUCACAGGACUCUGUUUGUGGGUGUGAGGAUGCCCCUGGGCCGUCAGUCUCACCGCCAUCACAAAGCCCACAGCAAACAUCGCAGGAGAGAGAGAGCGAGGACGGGAGUCGCACCUGAUACUGACCUUACUGAGAGCACUGACACCUCACAUGACACUCCAUCACAGAGGGUGCAGUUUAUCCUGGGAACAGAGGAGGAUGAGGAGCACGUGGCUCAUGAACUGUUCACUGAGCUCGAUGAGAUCUGUGUUAAAGACGGCAAAGAUGCCGAGUGGAAGGAGACAGCCAGGUGGCUAAAGUUUGAGGAGGAUGUGGAGGAUGGAGGUGAGAGGUGGAGUAAACCCUACGUGGCCACUCUGUCUCUGCACAGCCUGUUCGAGUUGCGUAGCUGCAUCAUCAACGGCACUGUGCUGCUGGACAUGAGAGCCAACUGCAUCGAGGAGAUCGCUGACAUGGUGCUGGACCAUCAAGAGGCAGCUCACGAGUUGGAUGACAGCGUGAGGGUGAAGGUUCGGGAAGCUCUACUGAAAAGGCAUCACCACCAGAGUGAUAAGAGGAGGUCCAACCUGCUGCCCAUGGUCAAAUCUCUGACCGAAUCGGGCAGGAAGCAGAGUGAACCCCACUGUCUGGACAAGACUGGACAUGUCACAUCUUCUCAGCCUCCUCCUCUAACUGCUGAAGUGAAAAAUGGGGCGGGGAUGGAUAACGGCCAAGUGGACCUCAGUAAGGUGGACACACACUUCAUGAAGAAGAUCCCUACCGGGGCUGAAGCCUCUAAUGUGCUGGUGGGAGAGCUGGACUUUCUGGAGAGACCCAUCGUAGCGUUUGUCCGGCUUUCGCCUGCAGUAUUGCUAACUGGACUCACAGAAGUACCCAUACCAACCAGGUUCAUGUUCAUUCUGCUCGGGCCUGACGGAAAAGCUCAGCAGUAUCACGAGAUUGGACGAUCCAUGGCUACCAUUAUGACUGAUGAGAUUUUUCAUGAUGUAGCAUACAAGGCGAAGAACAGGAGUGACCUGCUGGCCGGAAUCGAUGAGUUUUUGGAUCAGGUGACUGUUUUGCCGCCGGGAGAGUGGGACCCUUCUAUCCGUAUUGAACCACCGAAGAGUGUCCCCUCACAGGAGAAAAGAAAGAUGCCCGGCGUCCCCAACGGGACAACUGUUCCAACCGAGGAGGAGACGCACGGGGAACACCAUGGACCAGAACUCCAGAGAACGGGCAGGUUGUUCGGAGGUUUGAUCCUGGACCUAAAGCGGAAAGCUCCUUUUUAUCUGAGUGACUUUCGAGAUGGACUGAGUCUGCAGUGUGUGGCGUCUUUCCUCUUCCUUUAUUGUGCCUGCAUGUCCCCUGUCAUUACCUUUGGAGGGCUGCUGGGGGAGGCGACAGAGGGACGCAUCAGCGCUAUCGAGUCGCUGUUAGGAGCCUCGAUGACGGGCGUGGCGUACUCUCUGUUUGCCGGGCAGCCGCUCACCAUCCUCGGCAGCACAGGACCUGUUCUGGUGUUUGAGAAAAUCCUUUUCAAGUUCUGCAAAGACUAUGAUCUCUCGUACCUGUCUCUGCGCACCUGUAUUGGCCUAUGGACCGCCUUCCUGUGCUUUAUCCUGGUUGCGACAGACGCCAGCUCUCUGGUCUGCUACAUCACGCGUUUCACAGAAGAAGCCUUCGCUGCCCUCAUCUGCCUCAUCUUCAUCUACGAGGCUCUGGAGAAGCUCAUCCACCUGGGAGAGCUCUAUCCCAUCAACUUACACAAUGACCUGGAUAAACUCACACUGGCCUACUGUAAAUGCGCAGUGCCUGAUAACCCAAGUAACAAAACUCUGAAGAUGUGGAGUGAAAGGAACAUCACAGCACCUGAAGUGCCGUGGAGCAACCUCACUGUGAAGGCAUGUUUAGAUCUGCAUGGCCAGUUUGUUGGGACGUCAUGUGGUCAUCAUGGUCCCUACACUCCUGAUGUUCUCUUCUGGUCAGCAAUCUUGUUUUUCUCCACCUUCUUCCUGUCCACCUUCCUCAAGCAGUUCAAGACCAGCAGAUAUUUUCCAACACGUGUGCGGUCUAUGAUCAGUGAUUUUGCCGUCUUCCUGACAAUCGUUCUCAUGGUGCUGAUUGACUUCGCCAUCGGAGUUCCAUCUCAAAAACUACAAGUGCCCAGUAAAUUUAAGCCUACAAGGGAUGACCGCGGCUGGCUGAUUAACCCGAUUGGUCGGAACCCAUGGUGGACGGUUCUGGCAGCAGCAAUUCCAUCUAUGCUCUGCACUAUACUUGUCUUCAUGGACCAGCAAAUCACAGCCGUCAUCAUCAACCGCAAAGAACACAAACUGAAGAAAGGUUGUGGCUAUCACUUGGACCUGCUGAUGGUGGGUGUGAUGCUGGCCGUGUGCUCAGUGAUGGGCUUGCCGUGGUUUGUAGCUGCGACUGUGCUGUCCAUCUCCCACGUGAACAGUCUAAAACUGGAGUCAGAAAGCGCCGCCCCAGGAGAGCAGCCACGCUUCCUGGGCAUCAGAGAGCAGAGACUCACUGGCCUGUUAAUCUUUCUGCUCAUGGGAUGCUCUGUGUUUAUGACUGGUGCAUUACAGUUCAUCCCCAUGCCGGUGCUUUAUGGAGUGUUCCUGUAUAUGGGAGCUUCCUCUCUGAAAGGCAUUCAGUUCUUUGACCGUUUGAAGCUGUUCGGCAUGCCGGCAAAACAUCAGCCAGAUUUUAUCUACCUUCGGCAUGUCCCUCUAAGAAAAGUUCACCUGUUCACCAUCACACAGCUCACCUGUCUCAUCCUGCUGUGGGUCAUCAAGACGUCUCCUGCUGCCAUCGUCUUCCCCAUGAUGGUGCUGGCUCUGGUCUUCAUCCGUAAACUGCUGGAUUUCUGCUUCAGCAAACGUGAGCUGAGUUACCUGGACGACCUCAUGCCUGAAAGCAAGAAGAAGAAACUUGAUGAUGCGUCUAAAAAGGCAGUGGAGCAGGAGUCACAGGAGAUGCUGGUUGAUGACUCAGACCGAGGAGAGGAUAAAACCACGGUGCGAAUCCCGAUGGAGAGCAGCAAGCUUCUACAAUCUCCUAAAACACCAGACCCCAGGUCUGACCCCUCUGACAUCAACAUCUCAGACGAAAUGUCUAAAACUACAGUCUGGAAAUCUCUCAGCUCAAAUCAAAAAGAGGCACCUCGUACAGCAGGGGUAAAAAAGGAUUGCCAGUGAGGAGCCACACAGGACCUGUGAAUUCAUCAACCAGUGAAUUAAUACUAUUUUCUCUGUCAUUCUUUAACACACAAACACUCACAACAUACACACUACAUCCCAUUAAUCCUACUUAUAACCAUGAGGUGUGCGUGUGCGUGUGUGUGUGUGUUUUGUGUGUAUAGAGAAGUAAACUUCUUUACCCCCCAAAUAGCACUUUAACGCUCGUCUAUAAAAUCACAGUCGACAUACAGAAAGUGUGUAUUUUAGGGCAGAAGAAUUUAAACGUAUGCACUUGAACGUGGUGUGGCGUUGAAAAUAUAAAUAACCUCAAUUAUAGAGGAAGUAAGAAGUCGAAAAAAAAUUGUUUAAGCAGGUUUCAAAGUCUGAACGUAAAUGAAGCAAAGGAAUAUUCCAGUGUUUUCCAGGCCCCUUAUUGACAUGUAUAUGGAUAUUUUCUGUGUGAUUUUGUUUCUGGGAAGGAACCCAGGUCCACUUCAUAGCAACCCUGACCAGGUAAUGAACGAUUGAAUUGAUAAAGGAAUAAAUCAAAUGAAUAAUUGCAGCACGUAGUUUUUCCUCAGUGUCACACCUUUUCUUUACACCAUGCUGGUGAACAUUUCCACUAAAUCUACUGAAACAUCUUCCCAGAAGAGUGGAGGUUAUUUUAACAGCAAAUGGUGACUUAAUGUGACAGAUUGUGGUAAAAGCACAUACUAAUCUUAUGGUCAGGUUUCCACAAACUUUUUUCCAUCUAGUGUGCAUGUAGACAGGGUGAUCUGUAGGUCUAAGGGCUGAUGUUGAACUCAAAGCCAUGAACUCUUUCUAUCACAUUCUAAACAGAUAAAAGUCUAGUAGAACCGACACCAUAACACUUUUUUCCCCAUGCAAUUUCAUCAUUUGUUCUAAGACGUUCAGAUAUAAGUGAUCCCUGAGGAAGUACAGAUUAAAGUGGAAGCUCAGAAGUUAAGGUUCUGGGUAACUGAUCAGAAAGUUGGGGGGUCUAAGCCGUUACUGCUCUCUGACCCCAAUUUCCUACCAUUUCUGGGAAAUGCAAAGAAAUAAUUUAACUGUGCUGUAAAAGUACAUGUGACAGUAUGAAGCACCUUUAAUGUGCACACUAUAUAAUAUAUGGAUAGAAGAUAUCAGGCUGUAAAACACUGGACUAUUCUUUUAAUUCCUUUCAUCAUAGUGAUCAGUGUGGGAAAAAACAUCCUCUGUUUAGACUACAUGCUUUGUGUUGCAUUAAAAAUGAGCAAUAAAGGACAUAGAUAACACUCAAUUAUAUAUAUAUAUAUAUAUACAUACACACACACAGGUAAUCCCUUAGUUACAAUGGUUCGACUUACAAUUAAAACAUAUUUUAAUUUUUGCACGUGUUGGGAUGCUGCCUUACUUUAGCCAGCGGUCGACAGAGUUCAGUUGUCUCUGUGUAAGCCGAUUUUUAGCUCAUGUCUCUCUCCUUUUUAUCGCCAUCACCGACACAACAAUACAGACCACGUCCGGCUCCACCAUCCACUCGUGAACUGUCGCUCGUCCACACUCCUGCUGCCACGUAUAUAUAUACUGUAUAGUAAUACAUAACAGUAGUGUAAAUUGCUCUGUUUUGCUUAAUUAUGUACUGUAAUGUGUUAAAUAAAUAACAAAUUACAGUAUACUACUGAUCACCAUUCUUUGAUAGGUUAGGCCACGCCUCAACUUACGAGAUUCUGUCGAAACGUAUCUUUAUCGUAAAUUGGGGAAUACCUGAAUAUAUAAGAAAGCAGCAAUCACCUGGAAUAAGGGUUGCUAAAUCCAUCAAAUUAAUUUAUUUCUUUUUUUAUGUGUGUAAUCCAGCAGUCCGAUUAUAAAAACCUAUGUUUAAGAAUCCAAAGAAACACAAGCCAUCAUGUACUUUAUAUUAUUUAUUAUUAUUAUUAUUAUUAUUAUUAUUAUUAUUAAUUAUAAUACCAAUUUGAAGCAGUUUUUACACUUCCAAAUCCAAAUGGAUGUCAGGUCAUUAAUCGGGUCUGCCACCAUGAUGGCAAUGGUUGAAUGUUGACAUUAGCAUUACAAGAACAGACUCCUCAAAGGUCAACUCCGCCCUCAUUCGCACAAACGUUCGAAUAGCGAUUCUGGUGCUAAUGUGUUGGUGGAUGCUGCAUUUUUCUUGCACUUUUUAGUCUGAGAAGUUCACAGAUGUGUGCCAUUCUGGCAUCAAAUCUCCUAGUGCAGGUACUUCGGGGGGUUAAUAAGAUUCAUUGACCCCAAAUCACUGUUAGCUUCUAAAAAAUGAAUGAGCGUGAUCUUUGCUUCUUGUUUCCCAUUGCAAUCUUAACGAGCAAUCUGCUGGCGUAGAGAGUCGUUUCAGAGUUAGAACUUUGUAUGUGAUAAGGAGCACGAAGGCGUGGAAGGUGAGGCUCUGUACCUAGGACAGAAAACAUAAAGCGCCGCUGCAUCAGUCUUUAAUUAGAGAUUAAGAGAGGCGGUAAAAUUCAACUGCACCACUGAGGGGGUCACAUGGGAAGUUGUUUAAACUCAGAAUUGCAUUACAGAAUCCAUUUCUGACAUCAGGCUGGAGUUUUGUUUAUAUAAGACGGUCCGGAUUUAAAUGUCUUUCCUCCAUGCGUACACAAAUUUAAAUGACUGAAUCUGUUAAAGCACUCACGAACCACAGAGAGAAAACCUCCUCAGGGUUCAGGGAUCAGACGUCUGUUUGAAGCCACGUGACAUGUUUUUAAAAGCCAUUGAAAGGAAUAAUCUGGCAUUUUAUUAAUUUAUAUCCAGCUACUGCAUCUGUGGGAUUUUUCUGAAGAAAGUCCAACACAAACUGAAGAAACAAGAAGGAAAAACCAGCACCAAACUCACUUACAGUGGAAUUUUGGUUAAAUGGAAACGUAUUGGUUUAACAUUAGAAACGUUAUAUUCAUAAAUACAGAUGCUGUGGAUGGAUAAAAAAGUUAAAACGCCCGAGUGUCCUUUAUUGAUAUGUACAGGAUCAUUUAGUCUUUUUUGUUUGCCUACUUUUUGCAUUUUUCACCUUUAAAGCCCAAAACAAGCGUCAUAAGUCAAAUCCACGAAUCCGUACAAAACCGGUGCAGACAAAAGCCAUUAGAUUAUCAAAGCACACUUCCUUCUUAUACAUCAGAUCAAGUGACAGGGUUGUGGACUUCUCCUGAAACCUCACAAUACACCUUUAAGUUCCUUUAGCUACACCUUCGUUAUGGGCAUCAUGGGACCUUCUCCAUUUCCUCUCUAUUUACUUGUAUUAUUAUUUUUAUUAACUUUUUUUAAGGUUGGAGGUUUCAGCAUUGAGUUCUAAUGAACACUUUUGACCUCAAUAAAAAU